AUACUAUAAUAUUAUUCUAAGUCUGAAACGGUCUGCCAAAAUAGGGUGCUUGGCUUCUGUAGCAUUCAUCAGUCUCUUACAGACACGCACAUACCCCUCGUAUAAAGAGAAAAAGAAGAUAAUUUCCUUUCAAGAAACUGCUGAUUCCUCUCUAACCAUCAUCUCAUCUGUGCUUACAAAACCCCAUUUUGUUUCACUAAAACAACUCGAGUGUGGGUGUGUUAACUCAUUUAGCGUGAGUGAAGGAGGUUUAGCUAAGGUAAAGAUGCACCCACCCAUGAGAAAGGUAGCAGCUUUGGUUUUAAACUGCCUCUUGUUGAUGGGGUGCUAUCUGGUCCCAACAAUGGAAUUGUCUGUGCAAGAGAAGGCAGAAGCAGCGAUUCCGGUCACAACACUUUCACCUCCAGAAGGCAACACAACUUUCCUUGAUGGUACAACAUGGUGUGUGGCCCUGGCCGGGGUUUCCCAGAUUGAUUUGCAGAAUGCAUUAGAUUGGGCAUGUGGUCUGGGAAUGGCUGAUUGCAAGGCAAUCCAAGAGGGAGGACAAUGCUAUGAACCUGACACCCUCGUGUCUCAUGCCUCCUAUGCCUUCAAUAACUAUUACCAACAGAAUGGCAAUUCUGAUAUUGCUUGCAAUUUCGGAGGAACUGCCACUUUAACAAAAAAAAACCCCAGUUAUGGAAAGUGCCUCUAUUCUGCACCAGGAUCUGUUGGCUCUGCAGCACCACCUCCUUUGUCCAAAUACCAGUCAUGCUUUUUAUGGUGGGAAAUUGUCGGGGUUUUACUGCUUUUGUACAAGGGAAGCUGAUGCAAGGUUGAUCUUUGCCCUUACUUGCACUUGAAGCUUGAAUGAUCUUUGCCCGUUUUUUGUUGAAAUAUGGUUGAAAUGCUUAAAAAUGUAAAGGCAGAUGGAUUAAGAGCAUAAUCAGAGUUAGAGGAUUCCUAUCUUUGUAAUUGGUUUAGGAAUCUAAUUUUUAUCUAUUUAUUACUAUAGUUUUUGUUGUUCA